AUGGCGGCCACCGUCGACGUGGAUGCCCUCCCGGAGUACGAAAAGAGUCAAAUUAAGCGGGCACUGGAACUGGGCACCGUGAUGACCGUCUACAGUGCCCGCCGUUCCACGCCCGAGAGGAGGACGGUCCAGGUGAUCAUGGAGACGCGGCAGGUGGCCUGGAGCAAGACGGCGGAUAAGAUCGAGGGCUUCUUGGACAUCAUGGAGAUCAAGGAGGUCCGGCCUGGGAAGAACUCCAAGGACUUCGAGCGUGCCAAGGCAGUGCGGCAGAAGGAGGACUGCUGCUUCACCGUCCUCUAUGGCUCUAAUUUUGUGCUCAGCACCCUCAGUCUGGCUGCCGACACCAAGGAUGAUGCUGCCAAAUGGCUCUCAGGACUGAAGAUCCUGCUGCAGGAGGCGAUGGCUGCAUCCACCCCUACUAUCAUUGAGAGUUGGCUGAGAAAACAGUUAUAUUCUGUGGAUCAAACCAGAAGAAACAGCAUCAGCCUUCGGGAGAUGAAGACCAUCUUGCCUCUGGUCAACUACAAAGUGAACAGUGUCAAGAACCUUAAGGACAAGUUCAUGGAAAUAGGUGCCCUCAGGGACGAGCUCUGCUUCGAGCAGCUCCACCUCUUCUACAAGAAGCUCAUGUUCGAGCAGCAGAAGUCGAUCCUGGAUGAAUUCAAAAAAGACUCCUCUGUGUUCAUCUUGGGAAACACUGACCGGCCAGACGCAUCCGCCGUGCAUCUUCACGACUUCCAGCGCUUCCUGAUCCACGAGCAGCAGGAACACUGGGCUCAGGAUCUGAACAAGGUCCGGGAACGCAUGACCAAAUUUAUCGAUGACACCAUGAGGGAGACAGCUGAGCCCUUCCUAUUCGUCGAUGAGUUCCUCACCUACUUGUUCUCACGGGAGAACAGCAUCUGGGAUGAGAAGUACAACGUGGUGGACAUGCAGAACAUGAACAACCCCCUGUCUCACUACUGGAUCUCCUCAUCACACAACACGUACCUCACAGGGGACCAGCUGCGGAGUGAGUCAUCUACAGAGGCUUAUGUCCGCUGUCUGCGCCUUGGCUGCCGCUGCAUCGAGCUGGACUGCUGGGAUGGCCCUGACGGGAAGCCCAUCAUCUACCACGGCUGGACACGCACCACCAAGAUCAAGUUUGAUGAUGUGGUGCAAGCCAUCAAGGAACAUGCAUUCGUCACCUCCAGCUUCCCCGUGAUCCUGUCCAUUGAGGAGCACUGCAGCCUGGAGCAACAGAGGCACAUGGCUCGGGUGUUCAGGGAGGUGCUGGGUGACAUGCUGCUCACCAAGCCAACGGAGGCCAGUGCCGACCAGCUGCCCUCACCCCGCCAGCUGCGGGAGAAGAUCAUCAUCAAGCAUAAGAAGCUGGGCCCCCGGGGUGACGUGGACGUCAACAUGGAAGACAAAAAAGAGGAGCACAAGCAGCAGGGCGAGCUGUCCAUGUGGGACCCCAUCGACCAGAAAUGGACCCGGCACUAUUGCGCUAUCGCCGAUGCCAAACUGUCCUUCAGUGAUGACCUGGAGCAGGCAGCUGAAGAGGAACCUGGCCAGGACACGCCCCCCACAGAAUUGCACUUUGGGGAGAAGUGGUUUCACAAGAAGGUGGAGAAGCGGACGAGUGCAGAGAAGCUGCUGCAAGAGUACUGCGCUGAGGCUGGGGGCAAGGAUGGCACCUUCCUGGUCCGCGAGAGCGAGACUUUCCCCAAUGACUACACCCUGUCCUUCUGGCGGUCGGGCCGCGUCCAGCACUGCCGCAUCCGCUCCACCAUGGACGGUGGGAUCAUGAAGUACUACCUGACCGACAACCUCACUUUCACCAGCAUCUACGCCCUCAUCCAGCACUACCGCGAGGCCCACCUGCGCUGCGCCGAGUUCGAGCUGCGGCUCACUGACCCCGUGCCCAAUCCCAACCCCCACGAGUCCAAGCCGUGGUACUACGACGGGCUGAGCCGUGGGGAAGCGGAGGACAUGCUGAUGCGUGUUCCUCGGGAUGGCGCCUUCCUCAUCCGGAAACGGGAAGGCACCAACUCCUACGCCAUCACCUUCAGGGCUAAGGGCAAGGUGAAGCACUGCCGCAUCAACCGGGAUGGCCGCCACUUUGUGCUUGGCACCUCAGCCUACUUCGAGAGCCUGGUGGAGCUAGUGAGCUACUACGAGAAGCACGCGCUGUAUCGCAAGAUGAAGCUGCGCUACCCCGUCACCCCCGAGUUGCUGGAGCGCUACAACAUGGAAAGAGACAUCAACUCCCUUUAUGAUGUCAGUAGAAUGUAUGUGGACCCCAGCGAGAUCAACCCAUCCAUGCCCCAGAGGACCGUGAAAGCACUCUACGACUACAAAGCCAAGCGAAGCGAUGAGCUGAGCUUCUGUCGUGGGGCCCUGAUCCACAACGUCUCCAAGGAGCCUGGGGGCUGGUGGAAAGGAGACUAUGGUGCCCGUAUUCAGCAGUACUUCCCCUCUAACUACGUCGAGGACAUUUCAACGGCCGAUGUGGAGGAGAUGGAGAAGCAGAUCAUCGAAGACAACCCACUAGGGUGUCUCUGCAAGGGGAUCCUGGACCUCAACAGCUAUAACGUAGUGAAAGCCCCCCAGGGCAGGAACCAGAAGCAGUUCGUCUUCAUUCUGGAACCUAAGAAGCAGGGGGACCCUCCGGUGGAGUUCGCUGCGGACCGUGUGGAGGAACUGUUCGAGUGGUUCCAGAGCAUCCGUGAGAUCACCUGGAAGAUGGAUGCCAAGGAAAAUAGCAUGAAGUACUGGGAGAAGAACCAGUCCAUCGCCAUUGAGCUGUCAGACCUGGUAGUCUACUGCAGACCCACGAGCAAGACCAAGGACAACCUCGAGAACCCCGACUUCCGAGAGAUCCGCUCCUUCGUGGAGACCAAGGCGGACAGCGUGACCCGGCAGAAGCCCGUGGAGCUGCUCAAGUACAACCAGAGGGGCCUGACACGAGUCUACCCCAAGGGCCAGCGUGUCGACUCCUCCAACUACGACCCUUUCCGCCUCUGGCUCUGUGGCGCGCAGAUGGUGGCACUCAACUUUCAGACGGCAGAUAAGUACAUGCAGAUGAACCACGCCUUGUUUUCCCUCAAUGGGCGAACGGGCUAUGUGCUGCAGCCUGAGAGCAUGCGUGCAGAGAAGUACGAGCCCAUGGUGUCUGAGAGCCAGAGGAAGAUACAGAUGACACUCACAGUCAAGGUCCUGGGGGCUCGGCAUCUCCCCAAACUUGGUCGGAGCAUCGCCUGCCCCUUUGUGGAGGUGGAGAUCUGUGGGGCUGAGUAUGACAACAACAAGUUCAAGACGACGGUCGUGAAUGACAAUGGCCUUAGUCCUGUGUGGGCCCCGGCUCAGGAGAAAGUGACCUUUGAGAUCUACGACCCCAACCUGGCUUUCCUGCGCUUUGUGGUAUAUGAGGAGGACAUGUUCAGUGACCCCAACUUCCUGGCACAUGCUACCUACCCCAUCAAGGGCAUCAAGUCAGGGUUUCGGGCCGUGCCACUGAAGAAUGGCUACAGCGAGGACAUCGAACUGGCCUCUCUGCUGGUGUUCUGUGAGAUGCGGCCCGUGCUGGAAAGCGAGGAGGAGCUGUAUGCAUCUUGCCGGCAGCUGCGGAGGCGCCAGGAGGAGCUCAACAACCAGCUGUUCCUAUACGACUCGCAGCAGAACCUGCGUGGGGCCAGCCGCGAUGCCCUGGUGCGGGAGUUCACGGUGACUGAGAGCCAGCUGCAGCAGUGCCAGGAGAAAUGCAAUCGCAGGUUACGGGAGAAGAGAAUCAGCAACAGCAAGUUUUACUCCUAG